UCCAUCAGCAGUGCAGUGCCCGUGAACGUUGCGUGCGUGUGCGCCGUCCGUCUGUGGUGUGCAUUAAUCACAAACGAUAUUGUUAUCAGAACGAUAUGGUAGUGCAAAGUUCGACCGUCUCGUCGCGGGUAUCGUGGAAAUAAAAAUUGAAAGAUAAAACCGACGUAAACCACGGCGCGUGUGGUCCGGUCAAUCUACGUCCGUUCCUUCAGUCUAAUUAAUACAUCGUAAUCGUCCGGUAACGAUCGCGGCCGUCUGGUGUCGAGUGCUCUCGUGUAGUUGGUGUGCGUACCGAUUGGUGAAAAUAGUAAAUUAAUAUAAAUUCGCGAGUGCAUUGCCCGUGAUAUAGUGUCGAAAUCCGCCGUCGUCGGUAGUUGCUCAAUUUCAUUUUGUUAUUAUCGUUAUGUUUUAUUAUUGUUGUUAUUCUUAUUGUUGUGACGAGGUGAAACGAUACGUGUUAAGCGUUCGCAAUUCCUAAUUGUACGACCGGUAACAUAGGUCGUACCUGCCUAUUUAGUGUAUUAUUAUUGUAUUUUAUUUGUGCGUCCGAAUUCCUUUAGUUCUCCCAAUAAUAAAUAUGACAACUCGCCGUCCACAGGCUUUUGGAGUUGUACAUCUAAAGUGGCAAUCGUAAAUAAGGUGUAUCCGUCGGUUUUCGCAAAUGACACUGCAAACGCAUUGGACAGCACCGACUACGCGACUGGUGCGAAUAAGACUUUGAGGGGCCUCGAGCCCCUGUGGGAUGGACUGCCGUGGCGACGAGCUCAUCCAACACAAUAACAGAACAGCGGCACAAGCUGUGCCUUUUCAAUACCUCAUCAACGAACAGGCAAAGUCUAUCCUCGCUCUACAGGAAUUACAGAAUGAGGUCGGCGCGCUGUUGGAGUUUAGGGACAUGGUCAUGGAUACGUUCCCGCACCUGCGUCACAAGCAGGCGUCCAGCCCGGAGCCGAGCUCGGGAUCGCAGGGCGUCGGUUCCGGGGAGAGCCGCUGGGAGCCCGGGGUGCGGGUCCGCCGGAAGUUGCAGGGCUCGUCGUCGGGAUGGAUCGCCGGCGGGGGUGGUGGCGGCGGAGGAGGCGGCGGCGGUGUCGGACUGGUGGCCGCGGCCGGGACGGCGCCCCGAAGCCGGAGCAACAGCCACGGGAAGGGCCCCAAGAGCGGCGAACCGGCGGCCGCUUCGUCGGUGGGCACCGUGCAGGACAGCGGCUUCUGCACGGAGAGCAAGGACAGCAGCUCGACCAGCUCUCGGACGACGAUGACCACCAAGAACUGCGGCAAGGACGACGACGAGGACGAGCUGUGGAGCCUGCUGGAGAUGAUCCAGGACAAAGGCACCAAGCUCAAACUCGAGGUGGAGUCAUUGCAGAACCGGUUGCUGGUAGACGACGAGCGGCUGCGGAGACGCCGGCGCCGACUACGGUUGCGGCCGUGUCGGAGCGUGGACGAUCUGCUGCGGCCGGGACCGUGCGACGGUGACGACCUACGCACCUAUUGCAGUGGCGCUACCACCGAUUACGACGUGUUCCGGGCGCACGUGGCGAACGUGAAACGCGAACGGGACGCGCUGCUCGAUCGGGUCACCGAAAUGGAAGCGGAGAGCCUGUCGAACGCGGCACAGAUCCACCGGCUGCUCGCCGAACUCAAGACUGUCGUGUGCGAGAACAGAGAACUCGAAGAACGGCUGUGCGGCGGCAAGUCGCCAUCGGCCGCCGCCGCCAUAGCAGCCGCGACCAUCGCGGCGAGGAAAUCGUCAUCUAGUCAUAACGGCGGCUUCGCUCCGGUUCAGCCCGAAUCGUCGACGGGGCCCAGCUCGUCAUCGGCCGGCCGCGACGCAUUCUACACCCCUAGCCAACAUUCUGCCUGCAACCUAUCGUCCAUCGAACUGCAGUGUGGCAAACUGUUGCACGACGGUUCGUCUUCCGCGUCCUGUGCGUCGCUGUCUUCGUCAUCCGCCAUCAUGGACGACGACGGUGAUGACCGGGAUCGUGCCCGCCACCGGUCCAGGAGGGUCCUGCUGGUCCGGCCUUCUGACCCGAUCUCUCGGAACCUGGAGGGCCGCGCGUCAUCGCCGCCGUUGGACAUCGGGUCGCCGACGUUCGCCAAGCGGCUGGGCGCCCUGGACGGCGUGGUCAGCAGUCCCGGCGACCGGAUCGGCAAACCCUACUCACCCGGUUUUAGCACCCCGUUGCCCAAAAAAACCCUGGCGGCCAUACUGAAAACGUUCAAUCCCAUCGAACUCCAGCGUCACCUCAUCACCGUAUCCUACGAGAACAAGAAUCUUGUUCGUCAGAUGGAGAUGUUGAACAUUUCCAAGAGCGAUGUUUCCAACGAGCUGAACAAGAGCAAAGAGGAUAACGAAGAACUGAAAUUCCAACUGGAGGAGAAGCGUAUCGAGCUGGAAGGGACCAUGGCCCGGGUGAGGUUGUUGCAGUUGCACCAGGAGCAGCAGCAACACGGUCCCGUCACCGCGGGAUCGCAAUCUGCCGGCACUGCAGCCGCGGCCACCAACCAGUGGCUAGACCUGGUGCCAUCGAACCCGAUCCUACCUCAGAUCGCGCUGCCUGGAACGCCGUCAGCGGCGAUGUCCACACCGCACACGAGCAACAACCACCUGCACCACCACCUCAACCACAGCCAGGACGAGAACGGUGGCAGCAGCAGCACCGAGUCGGCGCAUCAGACCCGCGGCGGCAGGCACAGCGUGCAACAUCAGCCCAGCAAGAUACCGGUGGUCAAGCCGACGUCGUGCCCGGUGCAGCCCAGGCCGACAUCGUCGUACCGCGGAAGCGACGUGCAGCAAUACCAGUCGUGGACCAAAUGCAAGUCGGACCAGUCGUUGCCCCGCAACUGGGAGUCCAUCAACAACAACAACAACAACAACAACAGUCACAACAAGAGCAACGGCGGGUCGUCCAUCGGCAGUGGCGUCGGUAGCGUCAAACAGCGUGGCAACAAACUCGACUCGUCGCAGAAUCACCUUCACCAACACAGGUCCCGAAGGGAUUCGGGCGGCGGCGGCGGCGGCGGAGCGUCCCUGACGCGAGCUCGGUCGCAAAACAAUCACGCUCACCGGGGCGGCGCCGCUUCGUCGCCGUCGACGGCGGGUGGCGCGGCCAAAGACUUCAACAGGACCGCGUCGUCGGUGGCCGCGGGUCAUCAGCUGCAUCUGCUGCAACAACAGUCGGCGGCCGACGAUACCAACAAGCCCGCCUCCAAGAAACUGUUUCGGCGCCGUAACCUCGUGCGGCAGAGCCGUUGCUUGAUGGAAGCUUGCAAGAAACCGGUCCUGCCGGCCGUCGACGAAGUACAAGAGCCACCGGACGAUUCCAUGGCCGCCGCGGCCGCUCGACUUCGAGACUUGGACGACGGGGCCGGCGACGACGACGACGACGAGUUUUUCUUCGACAGCAUCGAAAGCAGUCUGGCCACGAGCGCUUGCAGUUCCCGACCGCCGCCGCCCGAAUGUGAUUCCAUCGAUCUGUCGCAACCCGACUCGUCGUUGACGGCCACGUCUUGACCGGCGACGGUGUUCCGUCGUAAUUGUAUUACAUAUUAUUAUUAUAUACUUAAAAUUAUGGAUGUGUAGAGAUACUAUGCCUAUACGACGAGAUGGAAAAAAAAAAUGUUGUGUUUUGCCAUUUUUUUUUUUUUUGAUACUCUCUCGUCUUUACCGCAUACAAUUGUAACAUAAACAUCGUCAUCGUCCUAUAUAUUUUGUAUAACGUAACACACAUAUCAUCAUCACCAUCAUCAUCAACAACAACAAUAACAAUAACAACAACAACAUCACCAUCUAAUCCUUUUCGCGUCCUCGUCGCGUCUGUAUGUAGGUAUAUCUACGUUUAUAUAUUAUAUUGUUAUACUGCACAUCCCGAGACGAUAUAUUUUUGGACUUGACGAUGAUUAUUGCCAUAGCACACGCGCAUAAUACAUAUUAUGUAAUAAACACGUACACGAUAUUUUAUAACGAGUAUAUAAUAUAAUAUAUCUAUAUAUAUAUAUAUAUUAUGUAUUAUUUUUUUUUAAGUGUUUCAAUGUUUCAAAUCAAUUUUUUUGACGAUAAAUCAUUCGUUUGCCAUCCUUACACUAUUAUUUGUCUAUAUAUAUAUAUAUUUAUACGAUUAUCGAUGUGAAUUUUUAUUUUUUUUCUUCAAAUUUUAAUAUUCUAGUUAACAUAGAGGUUAUAUGCGAUGAAUUUGUUUCUUCUCUUCUAUAAAUCAACUGCCGCCUUAGGUACGUUUUCCUUGUCGCGUCUGGACGCGAUGUCUAGCGUCAAUUACCAGUCUGGACAUAGGUCGGCGUCACGGCGGUGUGCUGUUCCAAUGUUAGACAUUACAGGAAACCAUACCUUAUGCUAUAAAGAGUGUCAGCAUGAAUGAGCAUUUUUUACGAAGGAGACCCAUCAACUUGUUUUUUAUAUAACUCCAAAUAAACAGCUUUGGUUAACUAGCUCGUGUUAAAAAUAUUUUUCAGAAAAUCUGGCCCAAAGAUACAAUUAUACAUCUGUAUUAUACAAUAUUAUAUUAUCGUAAUACUUUUUGUUAUUAUUAUUUUUGUUUAAUUACUUUUGUGGUGCUCAUACGGUUGGAGAAAUUGAAAUAUAGUAUAAUAUAAUAUAAUUAUUAUACAAUACGCGUGUAUAACAAUGCUACAAGGUACCCAUAAUAUAAAAUUAUUAUGUAAUCGGAAAAAAAUUAACGUACCUACUUACCUAUUUUUUCUAUCCGCGUCUCGACAUUCCAGACAUUAAACAUAUUGCAUAUUAUUAUUAUUACUAUUAUUGUUUUCCAUAAAUCGUAUUUUUAUGUUAUAAAUUUAGACUGAUUAUUGCGUAGUAAUUGUAUAAUCUGAAUUCCAACCCUAACAUUUUUCUCGUAAGUCGAUCCUUCCCCCCCCCUCCCCAGGCCAUUGAGAAUUGAUUGUACGUUUUCUAAUACAUUUGUUUUUAAACCCGUGGGUUUGUUUUCAUUGCAAACUUUACACGGAAAAGAGUGUUCUAGUUUAUCGUUUACACGCAUAGAAAAAAAAAUUCGACGUAUAAAUCCUCGGUAAUGGGGUCAUGUAUCUCCUGUAUUCACUAUAUAUCCAACCAUCCUUAAUCACCCUACCGCCCUAUUUCUCCAAUACAUAAUGUUAAUAUUUUUUUUU